CCGUUUAACAUCACCGGCUUCACGCUGUUCAGUCCUGAAAUAAAGCGGCUAACAUCCACGCCGGAGUCCUUAAAUCAGUCCAACAAUCAUUUUCCUGGAUUCGCUAAUUCUGUCGAAGACGUGUGUCUUGUCUCCGUCGUAUUGGAUAUCAAUCCUGAAGAUUUGCCGAGCUGGGUGGGAAUGUAGAGCAGCACCAUUGUUUUAAUCAGCUCGUGAAGUUGGACCCUCACCCUGUCUGAAAAGAAAUCAAAAUUCAACAGACACGCCUCAGAUGCUGUUCGCGAUCAGAUUUCGGAAAUAACUGCCACAAUAGGAUUUUAUGUUUUUUUUUUUUUUUCUCAGUCGUUGACAUUUACCUUCAUGGUCUUUCUGUCUAAAACCGGUUUGUUUGCCAUUCUGUGCAUGUAAAUGCGCUACAUUGACAGAUCAGCAUCUGAUAGCCUAAUAUUAGUCUAAUAAUUGUGUGCAUUGCGAACAUUGUCUUAUUUGUUUGAUAUAUUUUUGGAAAAACUCUAUUCAGAUCUGCCUGUAUUGCACUUUACCCAGAUAGAUACGAUUAGACCACAACUUAAAUAGGUCUGCAGUGUUCCCCUGGAUUAAAACACCUGCACGGAUAAAUUAUUUAUUCGUUUUUGCUUUUUUUAAUGCAAAAACCUCCUUUAAGCAAAAUGUGGUUAUUAGACGGUCACAGCCAGGCAUGCAUUAUUAAAACCCUGCUUAAUUAUUAGUUACUCGGUUUCCUGCCGGAAAGAAGUCUUGACAUUUGCAGUCUGACAGGAAUCCAGGAGGUAGAUUGCUUCGCUUUCGACUCUUGUUUUUGAUCCAACUAAAUCUCCAGCUGUCAAGACAUUCCACUAAACUUUGCUUUUACACUAUUAAAAGCGACAAUGUCUUAUCUAUGCCGUUCAAAACGGAGAAAAUCAACCCAGUGAGGACGAUGCUGGCCAUUUUUGGACACGACACGCUUCACUCAGAGAUUACUCGGGACUCCUGUGACAGACAUAUCUAGAUGAGAUUUAUUUUAUGAACUCGAGGUUGUCGGGAAGCAUUUCGAUCGUUUUAUAACACGUCUUCUCGUGGAUAUAUCGACAUACAUCAUGGGCGACGCUAAUUUGAACAACUCCAACGUGAAGGUGGCGGUUCGGGUCCGGCCCAUGAACCGGAGAGAAAAGGAUCUGAACACAAAAUGUGUUGUAGAAAUGGAGGGGAAUCAAACACAUCUUUACCCGUCAAACCUGGGGAAGGAUUCCAGCAGGGGUCAGCCAAAGACCUUCGCCUAUGACUACUGUUUUUGGUCAAUGGAUGAGUCGGAAACAGAGAAGUUUGCUGGCCAAGAUGUAGUGUUUCAGUGCCUUGGGGAGAGUCUUUUGCACAAUGCCUUUCAUGGUUACAACGCCUGUAUUUUUGCAUAUGGGCAGACUGGCUCGGGGAAGUCAUACACCAUGAUGGGUUCGGUGGACCAGCCUGGUCUGAUCCCCAGACUCUGCAGUUCUCUGUUUGAGCGGACCGUGCAACACCAGCGAGAGGAAGAGAGCUUCACCGUGGAAGUCUCUUAUAUGGAAAUCUACAACGAGAAAGUUCGGGACCUCUUGGACCCCAAAGGGAGUCGGCAGGCCUUGAGAGUGAGAGAACAUAAAGUUUUGGGGCCUUAUGUCGAUGGUCUAUCAAGGCUUGCAGUAGAAAGUUACAAGGACAUUGAAUCCUUGAUGUCUGAGGGGAAUAAAUCCCGCACUGUGGCGGCCACCAACAUGAAUGAGGAGAGCAGUCGCUCCCAUGCGGUUUUCAAUAUCAUCCUCACGCACACACUGAAAGACCUUCAGUCGGGGACAAGUGGUGAAAAGGUUAGUAAGCUGAGUUUGGUGGACCUGGCAGGAAGUGAGAGAGCUGCAAAGACAGGCGCUGCAGGCGAGCGGCUCAAGGAAGGCAGCAACAUUAACAAGUCUUUAACCACUCUGGGUUUGGUGAUCUCAGCUCUGGCAGACCAAGGUGCUGGAAAGAACAAGAACAAGUUUGUGCCCUACAGAGAUUCGGUGCUGACAUGGCUGCUCAAGGACAGUCUGGGUGGAAACAGUCGGACUGCUAUGGUUGCCACUGUAAGUCCUGCAGCAGAUAAUUUUGAUGAGACGCUGUCAACAUUACGCUACGCAGACCGAGCAAAGAGCAUCGUCAACCAUGCCGUGGUCAACGAAGACCCCAAUGCCAGGAUUAUCCGGGAGCUCCGAGAGGAGGUGGAGAAACUGCGAGAUCAGCUGACACAGGCUGAGUCUAUGAAGGCACCAGAUCUGAAGGAGAGACUAGAGGAAUCUGAAAAAUUGAUACAGGAGAUGACGGUCACCUGGGAAGAGAAGCUGAGGAAGACUGAGGAAAUUGCACAAGAGAGACAAAAACAGCUGGAGAGUCUUGGCAUCUCUCUGCAGUCAUCUGGUAUCAAGGUUGGAGAAGAUAAGUGCUUCCUGAUCAACCUCAACGCUGACCCUGCCCUUAAUGAACUAUUGGUUUAUUAUCUGAAAGAACACACUAAGGUUGGAUCAGCAGAUUCACAGGACAUCCAGCUGUGUGGAAUGGGCAUCCAAGCAGAACAUUGUGUCAUUAACAUCACACCUGAGGGAGCGGUCUUUCUCAAUCCUUACAGAAACUCAAGAACAUGUGUAAAUGGAUCUCCAGUCACCAGCCGGCAACAGCUUCACCAUGGUGACCGUAUUCUUUGGGGAAACAAUCACUUCUUCAGAAUAAACCUACCGAAGCGGCGCUUGCGGGGCGAAGAAGAGGAGGGUGAGGGCGGGAACAUGAAGAACAGUAACAGCAGUGAACAGCUGGAGGGAGAGGGAGACACGACCAGCGAGGUGUCCAGUGAGGUCAGCUUCAGCUACGAGUUUGCUCAGACUGAAGUCAUGAUGAAGGCUCUGGGCAGCAACGACCCCAUGCAGGCUGUUUUGCAGUCUCUAGAGCGCCAACAUGAGGAGGAGAAGCAGACUGCUCUUGAGCGUCAGCGGCUGAUGUAUGAGCAGGAGCUGCAGCAGCUGCGCAAACAGCUGACUCCAGACAGACAGAGCAUGCAGAUACCGCAGUCGCAGCCCUUGCAGCCACAGUACCGCAGCUUGGAGAGACUGAGCCAGGGAGGAAUGUCUUCUUCACCCAGCGCCCAACAUCGUCUGCGCCAGUGGAGCGAGGAGAGAGAGGUGGUGCUGACGCGGAGCUUCAGGAAACUGAGGGAGCAGAUCGUAAAGGCUAAUCUGUUAGUGCAGGAGGCGAACUUCAUCGCUGAAGAGCUGGACAAGAGAACCGAAUACAGAGUUACUCUACAGAUCCCUGCUGCAAACCUUAAUGCCAACAGAAAGCGAGACGCUGUAUUGAGCGAACCUGCCAUUCAAGUGAGGAGGAAAGGCAAAGGGAAGCAAAUAUGGGCCCUUGAGAAGAUGGAAAACCGGCUAGUGGACAUGAGAGAGCUUUAUCAGGAGUGGAAGGACUUUGACGAAGACAACCCUGUAAUACACUCAUACUUCAAGAGAGCCGACCCUUUCUUUGAUGAGCAGGUGAACCACAGUUUAAUUGGGGUGGCCAACGUUUUCCUCUCCUGCCUGUUCUAUGACGUAAAGCUACAAUAUGCGGUUCCCAUCAUCAAUCAGAAAGGAGAGGUUGCCGGGCGGCUGCACGUGGAGGUGAUGAGAGUGGGUGGAGGAUUUGAUGACAGCGUAGGCGGAGGAGAUGACAGUGAUGGAAGCCCAGACGGUGAUGAACAGGAACGCAAACUGGUCUGUAUGAUUAAGAUCCUGCAGGCUAAUGGUCUCCCGCAGUACCUGUCCAAUUUUGUCUUCUGUCAGUACUCUUUCUGGGACCAAGCAGAGCCUAUUAUUGUUGCACCAGAAGUGGAUCCAUCUGCCUCCUUCUCCAGCAGCAAAGAUCCCCACUGCAUGGUGGUGUUUGACAGCUGUAAGGAGUAUGCUGUGACUGUAACAGAGGAUUUUAUUGAGUAUUUAACAGAGGGUGCUGUAGCCAUUGAGGUAUACGGACACAGGCUGGCUGAUCCAGGCAGGAACCCCGCACUGUGGGACCUCAGCAUCAUCCAGGCCAAAACACGCACUUUACGUGACAGGUGGAGCGAGGUAACACGCAAGUUGGAGAUGUGGGUGCAGAUUUUGGAGCUGAAUGAGAACGGCGAGUACAUGCCGGUGGAGGUGGUGCCAGCACGAGAUGUUCGCACGGGGGGCGUCUUCCAGCUCAAACAGGGCCAGUCUCGGCGGAUUCAGGUGGAGGUGCGUUCAGUGCAAGACUCCGGCACGAUGCCUUUGAUAGCAGAGAUCAUCCUGGGAGUGUCCAUCGGCUGCGUGGAGAUCAGGCAGGUGCGGAUGACUAAAAACAAUGAGCCACAAGAGCUUGAGGGUGAUGAAAUGGACAGUUAUCAGGAGCAAGAUUUGGAGCGUCUGCGACGUCAGUGUCUCACUGCUCUCACUAAGAGACAAGAGUAUCUGGACCAACAUCUUCAGACUUUGGUCAGCAAAGCAGAUAAGUCUGAGGAUGAUGUAGAGAGGGAGGCCCAGCUGCUUGAGUGGCGUUUGACGCUCACAGAGGAGAGGAAUGCAGUGAUGGUGCCCUCUGCUGGCAGUGGAAUACCAGGAGCUCCUGCUGAGUGGGUACCAGUGCCUGGGAUGGAAACUCACAUUCCAGUGCUCUUUCUUGACCUGAGCGCUUACGACUUCAGCUCUCAGGACAACCUAGACGUUCCCGAGGCAGGCGGCUGGGAUGGCACUCUUAGCUCUGAAGAUGAGGAUGAAUUUUUUGACCUUCAGAUUGUCAAACACUAUGAUGAAGAGGUGAAAGCCGAAGCUUCGUGGGACUCCACGGUUCAUGAAUGUCCACAGCUGAGUCGAGGUGCUGCCCCAGAUCAGAGAGUAUAUCUGAUUGUCCGCACCGUGGUGCAGCUCAGCCACCCUGCAGAGAUGCAGCUCGUCCUGCGCAAACGCAUCUGUGUGAACCUCACUGGACGACAGGGUUUUGCUCAAAAUUUCUUGAGGAGAAUGUCCACCAGGAGCACUAUUCCUGGCUGUGGUGUGACCUUUGAAGUUGUCUCCAACAUCCCAGGGCAGGACAGCCAGAGCUCAGAGGACAGGGAGAUGCUGGCUCGUGUGGCCGCCAGCGCUGAGAACCCUAAAUCCUCAGAUAAUGAAGCUGCCAUAGAGAAGUACCUGCGGAGCGUCCUGGCUGUGGAGAACAUCCUCACACUGGACCGUCUGAGACAGGAGGUGGCAGUGAAGGAGCAUUUGGCAGGUAAAGGCAAGGGCAGCAAACGCAGUCUCAGCUCUCCGAGUGUGCACCGGUUAUCUGGAAGCAGACAGGAUCUGUCAUUAAACUCCGUGCUGGAUGACAACAAGAAUCGAUGGGAGAGUCAGCAGGAUAUCUUUGCGACAUCCUCUCAGUUCAGCAAAACACUGCCACGACCAUCCAGACCUCCUACCCCACCUACACAGAAUCAGGACCCUGAGCAAGGUUUUUCAGGGCUUGCUGCUUCUUAUAUCUCCCCAGUCAAGGCCCUGGUUCCUCAGAUGCCAAAGCUUCUCAAGUCCCUGUUCCCUGUGCGUGAUGACAAGAAAGAUUUGAGACCCUCUCCACACUCCCAACAGCAUAUGCCACGAAUGAUGAUGCAAACAGCAAACAACCCUGAUGAAGGAAGAGUAAGAAUAGAACCGGCUGCAGUAAUGGGGAAGAGUCCUGCUUCAGAUGGGCCUGAUGCCCCGUCCUCUAUGCAUGAUCUGCAUGAUCUGCUUCUGAGCCCCAUCAGCGAGUCUUCCAGUGGCUAUUUUUCUACUAGCGUCUCCACUGCCACCCUUUCCGAUGUCUCCAUAGCCUGCGGGGACCUUACCCCUACUCCCAAUUCCCAAGCGGGUCCCGUAGCGUCCAGCCACGACAACGAAGACUGUCUACUACCCCCUGUUAAUGCCUCUGUUGCUCCUGUAGAAGCUGGGCUAAGAUCUGACAGGCCUAGAAAAGAGGAAGAUACCCAGGUGGCCCACAGGAAUGGUGUCACCACCUCUCAGCAGGAAGCACAGCUAAAUGCAACCCCUCUCCUGGUGUUGAGUACCUCCACAGACAGCCCUUUCUCCACCCAGAAGGUCAAAGCCAAUGAACUCAGGUCUUUCUGUAACAUUCUCGGAGAUGGAAAAGCAACCACAACUCAAGUGCAACAAACGAACAGCUUGGAGAAGCUAGAGAUAACCUUCGAGGAUGUGGAACCCAAGGAACUUGCUUGGCUCAAGGUGGGAGGUAGAGUCACUGUCGGAUCCAGCAUGUCUGGCACAGUACGCUACAUUGGCCCGACACACUUCUCAGAAUUCGUAUGGGUCGGGGUCGAGUUGGACACUCCCUCAGGUAAGAAUGAUGGUUCUGUUGAGGGCCACCAGUACUUCCAGUGCAAGCCUGGUUACGGGGUGCUAGUCCGUCCAGAUAGACUGACUCGAUGGGAAGCUUCCAAAAGGCACAACGAAAAUCACCGCAGCGGGGAGUUCAGUCAGCAACUGAGGGGAGGAGCCAGCACUGCCAUUCAGAAAGGAGAGAAUCGCAAAUCCUGGACCAGCUAAUUAACUAUGAGCUGAGCCGGACAGAACCUCUGCUUCCAACAUCUGAAUCUAAUCGAGGUGGUCAACUCCAUCCAUCACUGUGCUUGGGCAAACCCAACUUUGCAUGGAGGAUGGUACAACAUUCCCUUUCAAGCUCCUCUAUCAGUUCCGGUGCUAUGCUAAUGUGUAGCAUGUGGGAGUGCUAUCAAAUUUUAACAUGCUGCUUCAGUUGUGUUCCUUGAUUUGUUUGCUUGUUUGUUAACUCAAGCAAGUCUCCUGGAGUCGACCAUAAAUGAAUCUUCCGGGUCUUUGAGAUUGAGUCCAUUUUUGGACUUGAUGCUACAAAUGAUGCUUGAUUUAUCUUCUCUGCACAGUCAGUAAUCGAUUUUUAGUUUCCUGAAUGUGCCUUUUAAGUCAAGCCAUUUCUUGUUUGUCAUCCCUCAUUGCACCUUCCAACACUAGUUAGAAUGUGGUAAAUGGUAUGGUAGGCAUGUAAGAGAUUAUCUCAGGGAUCCGAUCAGAGUCAUUGGAUACACCCAGUAGUGUUUUCAGCUGUAAGCCACUAUCAAGCAAUCAAGCCACUAUCAAAUCUGGCUUUUCAUGGAGUGAAGGGGGUUGCAUGUAUUUUGGGAUAGGUGCCAUCCUGAGCAGGUCACUGCAGGUUUUUGAUGCAAGUUUCAUGUUGUGAAGUACUAUUAUUACUUGACCAGUGAUUGGACGACAAGGUACACAAGAUGGGAUGUUUUAUUUGGUUUGGUGUCAUUGGAAGACUUGCCUAUCAGUAUUUUAGGAGGUAACUGCCUGCUUGGUGUGUAUCCUUAAUUGCAUGUGGUGAAUUUUUAGACUUGACUGAAUUGGCACAUUCAGGCUUAAUUGACUGGCUUAAUUAGGCCCUCUCUUAAUGGUUUUGUUGAUUGGACUGAAAAAAAAAGGAUUUUAGAGUGGCUUAUUUACAAUCUGAUGGGUUGGGGCACAUUUUACUAAGCAGCCUUUUAAUUGGACUUGGAUUAUUGGAACUACUUUAACCUCAAAUAACUUUGUGCUGCAAUUUAGUGACAGUUAAAGUAGCUUGGUUUGAUUGGUUUCUGAAGGACUGUCUUCCACAAGAAGGUCACAGUAGAAGCACAUUCCAGUUUUGUGUAUUGGACCAAUUACUGGCAAUAACUUCAUCUUAUUUAUUCAAAUUAAAAGCUCUAAAAGUGAUUUUUUUUUU